UUUAUAAUUCCUCUUCCUGGGUUGUCGGCGGUACACAUGUAGUUUCACCUUGUUUUAAAGAAACUGAAAACACAGAUAAGCCAGUCUGGGUGCCCGAAAUUGAAAACCAAGCACCGUAAACAACGAAAAACAUUUUGGAUCUGAAAAGAAAAGUUGUACCCGGUGAUUUUCAGCACCAAAGAAGCUGAUGAUAGACACGAGACAUCACUUUACAACAGACAUCAAUCCAGCCUGCCGAAACAUCACUCUCACUCUCCUGGCUCCAUGGCUGCAGCAGUGGGGAGCAGCGAGUGGUCCUGUGGACGGUGUACCUUCCUGAACGCUGGUGGAGCUCCCCGCUGUUCCAUAUGCGAGGCACCCCGUCAGAAACCUGACCUCAACCAGAUCCUGCGUCUCAGUAGCACUGAGGAGCAGCGCUGGGCCUGCCCUCGCUGCACCCUCAAUAUCCCCCAUGGGUCCAGCACCUGCACUGUCUGUAGCUUCGGACUUGGAGCCAGUCCAGGCCCCUCCCCGGGCACUCCCAAUGGGAUUCUCCCCCCACAAAACAUGCCUACCUCCUCCACUUCCUCUAACUCCACCACCGUCCUAUUGGAGCCCCAAGGGCAGGUACCUCCCAAAGAUGAGCUCCGGAGACCGGUGAGCAACGGAGAGACUAGUCCUGGAGACCUGCUGCUUCUCUCGGGCUGGGCUUGCCCACGCUGCACCCUGCACAACACGCCUGUCGCUCUCUCCUGCUCUGCCUGCGGCGGGCCUCGCAAGCUCUCCCUCCCCAAAAUCCCUCCCGAGGCUCUGGUAGUGCCGGAAGUCUUGACGCCUGUGGCUGGAUUCCCCACGGCUACCAACAGUGGAGGCCCGCUCCUUAUCGACCUGACCGAUAUAGAUUCCCCUCCUGCGACAGUGACUGUGGAGCCCCCUGAAACUCCACGGUCUGGUUCCUCUACUUCAUCAACCUUUACCCCCCUCUCCUCCCUCCUGCAGAACAACCCAGUCCCUCGAAGCCGCAGAGAGGUGCCUCCUCAAGCGCCACAUCCGGGAUGGUCCCCUAAUCCAGCCCCCAGCCCCACCCCUUCCACAACUGCCGCAACCACCUCCCAGCGGCCUCCCAAACCUCCACCCACCAGUUCCAAGCCCGCUCAGCCCCAGCAGCCGCCCCCCCAGCAAGGGGAAGCCUUCCCGGGCAAGCGGCUGAGUGUCUUCGAUGAGGAGGACAUGCAGGUGUGUCCUUCCCCGAUUCCUCCACCCACUUCUGGCUCCUCCCCCUCCCUCUCCUCCCUCUCAUCUUCCUCCACCUGGAAGUGCAGCUCCUGCUCCUUCAACAACUCCUCCAACGGCUCCAAGUGCGAAGCCUGCCGUUCCUCCCGGGGAGCCAGCGAUUUGAUCGACCUGACGGGGGAGUCUGUGCGAUUCACCCCCGCCAGCCCGUCCAGCCCAGACUUCAGCACCUGGUCCUGCUCCAAGUGUACCCUUCUCAACUCCACAGAGGCCCCCAAGUGCAGCGCCUGUGGGUCAUCCAAACUGCAUGGCUUCCAGGACUACCAGCAACGCUGCCCCCAGUGCGGAUCAACAGGCCCCGUCUGCAGCUCCUGCCCUGGGACCAGCCAUGGCAAAGCAGGGCCCCGCAAACCUGCUCGGCUUUUCACCUCCUCCUCAUCUUUGACCUCCCUAAACGCUCAGGAGAAGGCUGAUCAAUGGGCCUGCCCAGCCUGCACCCUCCUCAACGACUUGAAAUCCAAGCACUGCGCUGCCUGCCACACUGCUCAGCAGUACUUCACCCUGCGUAAGGGGGCCAAGCCCCUGAAGAGACGGGAGAGCAUGCACGUGGAGGCGAGGCGGCAGAACGAUGAGGGAGAGGCCAAGGAGCUCUUGGAGAACAUUGUUGGAUUCUGCAGGGAGAAUGCUGUGAACUUCGUUGAUGAUAGUUUCCCCCCUGGCCCGCGCUCAGUGGGGUUUCCCGAGGGAGACAGUGUGCAGCAGCGUGUCAAGAAAUGGCUCCGCCCCCACGAGAUCAACUGCAGUAACUUCAAGGGCCGCGGGUUGAAAUGGUCAGUGUUCUGCACGCCCCGCCCCUCUGACAUCAUGCAGGGGCUUCUGGGAAACUGCUGGUUCCUCAGUGCACUGGCUGUGCUAGCAGAGAGACCCGAGCUGGUGGAGAGGGUGAUGAUCACUCGUGUGAUCUGCUCUGAGGGGGCGUACCAGGUGAGGCUGUGUAAGGACGGCACCUGGAUCACUGUGCUGGUGGACGACAUGCUGCCCUGCGAUGAGUACGGGUACCUCCUCUUUUCUCAGGCCCAGAGGAAGCAGCUGUGGGUGGCUCUCAUCGAGAAGGCUCUGGCCAAGCUCCACGGCUCCUAUUUCGCACUGCAGGCCGGCCGGGCCAUCGAGGGCCUGGCCACCUUGACCGGAGCCCCCUGUGACAGCCUCAUGCUGCAAGUCAGCUCCACAAACCCACGAGAGGAGCCCAUUGACACAGACCUCAUCUGGGCAAAGAUGCUGAGCUCCAAGGAGGCAGGUUUCCUGAUGGGUGCCUCGUGUGGAGGAGGCAAUAUGAAGGUGGAUGACAAUGUGUACGAGAGCCUGGGGCUUCGGCCUCGCCAUGCCUACUCUAUACUGGACGUGAGGGAUGUGCAGGGCUACAGGCUCCUGAGGUUGCGGAACCCCUGGGGGCGCUUCUCAUGGAAUGGGAGCUGGUCUGACGAGUGGCCCGACUGGCCGCAGCACCUCCGCCACGAGCUCAUGGCCCACGGGAGCAGUGAGGGAGUCUUCUGGAUGGAGUAUGGAGACUUCAUCAAGUACUUUGACUCUGUGGAUAUCUGCAAGAUCCACUCAGACUGGCAGGAAGUGCGUGUGCAGGGCUCGUUCCCUGCUCGAGCGAGUGGCCCUGUGACGGUGACAUCACUGACCGUGCUGGAACGCACUGCGUUGGAGUUUGCUCUGUUCCAGGAGGGCAGCCGGCGCUCCGACACUGCUGACAGUCACCUCCUGGACCUGUGCAUCAUGGUGUUCCGCGCCUCCUUCAGCAGUGGCAACAAGCUCAGCCUUGGCCGGCUGCUGGCACACAGCAAGCGCGCCGUCAAGAAGUUUGUGGGCUGCGAUGUGAUGCUGGAGCCGGGGGAGUAUGCCGUGGUUUGCUGUGCCUUCAACCACUGGCAAAUUAACAUCCCCGGGGCUGCCCUCACUCCGGUAUCGAGUCCCAUCAGCAGUGGGCGCCCCAACCCAGACCCAGGGUACAUCCUGGCAAUCUACAGUUCGCGGCAGGUGAUGGUGGAGCAGAGUGAAGCCCCUCCCACCACCCUGGCCGACGCCAUCAUCCUGCUGACAGAGAACAAGGGGGAGCGGCAUGAGGGUCGGGAGGGUAUGACAUGUUACUACCUGACUCACGGCUGGGCGGGUCUGAUCGUGGUGGUGGAGAACAGACACCCCAAAUACUACCUUCACGUGUCAUGCGACUGCACUGACAGCUUCAAUGUGGUCUCCACGCGGGACAGCCUGAAGACCAUUGACAGUGUCCCACCUCUCAACAGACAGGUACUUGUAAUGCUGUCCCAACUGGAAGGGAAUGCUGGCUUCUCCAUCACGCACAGAUUGGCUCACAGGAAAGCAGCACAGGCCUGUCUGGGGGACUGGACCCCGACCAAGGGCACACACAGCCCCCAGCUCACCUUGGACAUUGAAGGACUGCACAAGCCCCGGCCACUAUGACAGAAGCACAGGCCUCGCGCGCACAGGGGCAACAAAAACAAGAAAACACACCGUGCCAGAACAGGACACACUUUUAUAGCAGGAAGCUACA